GUGUGUGCGUGUGCGCGGACACAGAACAGAGAAGAGAAACUUCCUCGCUUGUUGCUAUUCUGAUGCUGCUGUGUGAAGGGUUUCACAAAUGCUGCACACUGUCGUUUCAGAUUAACCUGGGCAACUUUGCUGAGGCGCUAUGAGCCGUGGGUCCAAAACUAAAAUGGAGAGCGUCCACAGCUCUCUGCUGAAGUUCCAGGAGAAUGAGAAGUUGGAGGAGCUGCUGGGCAGAAGGUGUGCUUCUGUGGCCACCACUGUCGCACAGCUGUUGAUGGCGCUGCCUAACAAUCCAUCUGGUUGGAGCUUGCAGCACACUGGAGUCUUGUGUUUCGUCAAAGACAACCCCCAGCGCUCCUACUUUAUACGGAUGUUUGAUUUAAAGGCAGGGAGGAUGGUUUGGGAACAGGAGCUCUAUGACCAAAUGUUGUACAGCUCCACGCGGCCGUACUUUCAUACAUUUUCAGCAGAUAGUUGUCAAGUGGGGCUGAACUUUGCAGAACAACAGGAGGCGCAAACUUUUCAGAACGCUGUUGAGGAGAAAAUCAUCCAAAGAUGUAAUCGACAAGAUAAGAAACAACGCCCCCUCCCAUCUAAUGAAAGAGGCUCUCUGCCUCCAAUACCACCUGAUAAAGCAGGUUGUGGUAGUCCUGGUUCCUUUCACAUGGCGACGGUGGACAUUCAGAACCCAGACAUCCAGACGUCACGCUACCGCUCUGUGCCUUCACCGGCUUCCUUAUCGCUGGGCAGCAAAGGGAAGAAGGAGAAAAAAAGCAAGAAAAAGGGCCCCAAAUUGUCCAAAGCGGACAUAGGAGCACCCAGUGAAUUUAAGCACGUGAGUCAUGUCGGCUGGGACCCCAACAACCUGGACCCCGACCUGUUGAAGCUUCUGUCCCAAGCCGGCAUCCAUGAGGCCGACAUGAGGGACGAAGACACGUCUCAGAUCAUCUAUGACAUCAUUGAGAAAUCUGGAGGCAUGGAGGCGGUCAAACGGGAGGUGCAGGGAGCUGCUGGACCUCCACCUCCUCCACCUAGCAGACAAGGCCCUCUUCCGCCUCUACCGGGAUCCAGUCCCUCGCCACCCGUUCCUGCGCCUCCACGAGGUCGCUCUGGCCCGCUGCCUCCUAUCCCAGGCCAGCAACAGAGAGGGAGUCUGCCACCCCCGACACGUGGAGCCGAGCCACCGCCGCCUCCUGCAAGUCGAGGAGGACCUCCCCUGCCACCGCCACACUCUUCAUCUUCUCACACCUCUUUGCUGCCAUCCUCAAAACCCUCUCAUGUCUCACGCUCUGUGUCCUCCCAUACUUCGCCUCCCCCACCACCUCCAUCUCUGGGCUUCCCGUCUCCUCCUGUCCCAUCUACACCCAGCAGAGGAGGCCCUGCACCUCCUCCUCCACCGCCUCCACUUUCUUCAAACUUCCCACCACCUCCUCCCCCAAGCGGCUGCCCUCCACCACCCACUCUGUCUUUUGGAGGAGAAGGAGGAGGUGGUGGGAGAGGUGCUCUUCUAGAUCAGAUCCGUCUGGGAAAGAAGCUCAGAAAUGUGACGGACUCUCCCGACGCAGCGCCACCUACGCCAGUAACAUCAGGCGAGGGCAUCGUCGGCGCUCUCAUGUGCGCCAUGCAGAAAAGGAGUAAAGUCAUCCACUCCUCUGGUAGUAUUUUCUUUAACAAAUCCACCGCCAUAUUUCACAGCAGGUCAAAGUUAUUUUCUGACAGUGAGAUGAAUAUUUGGCAUCUUUCAGAUGAAAGCGACGGUGACGGAGGAGACGAGGACGACGAUGAUGACGAGUGGGACGACUGAUGCAGAACAUCUUUCUUCUCUGGAAUUUCUUCAACAAUGUAAACUCAUGAAAGUGAAAUUUUUUUUUCAUUGAUGGAUUUUUUUUGUUUGUUUUUGCACACUUGAAUAUGACGCUGUGUUGCUUAAAUAAACACAUGAAGGGAAACAUUUUCAAAACUAACUCCAGGCCAUUUUGAGAUUUCUGAAAUGUUUAUGUAGUUUGAACAGUUCCAGUGUAGUGUUUAACAGCGUGAGCGCACAUCGCAAGGAAGAUGAUCGGCAGCUUUGAUUGGAAAAGAGUUCCGUUUGUUCCUUACGGUGACUGAUCGGUGCCGCAACAUUUCCAUAUUAAUACUAACAAAUGAAAAACACAAUUGCAAAUACAACAAACACAAGUUGACUUUACUUAAUUUAAAAGAACCAUGCUAGUUUAUUUUAAAUGGAAAAAGUAAUUGUCCUUUAGUUAUCAUUUUUCCAGGCAAUUGGUUUCCUUUUUUUUU